AUGGCAGGCCUCAAGACGAUCAUCGUCCUCUCCUUCGUAAGAAUACCACAACGUUCCUAGACCUCUCUCUCCCGCCUGCUGACAAUGUGUACAUAGAUCCUAGCAAUCGGUUUCCUCCUCGUCAUCCUCUCGUCCGCCAUCUACAAGAAACACCUCACCCUCCUCGUGGUCGCAACCUACGUACUCGCCCCGGUACCCAACUGGAUAUGCGCCAAAGCCCAAUCGCGCGAUGAUUUCAUGGACAAUGGGAGCAGUAGCAUCGUGGAGCUGGGGAGGUUGAUUACAGGCUUUCUGGUCGUCAUGGGGAUAGGUACGUAUCUGCAGCGGGAAACGGAUUAUGCAUCAGUUGCUGACUACGGGCGAUUGCAGCGCUACCGGUUGUUCUGGCACACUGCGACAAGAUUCCCAUUCCGGCAAUGGCCAUGAGCAUUGUUGGGGGCCUCUUGAUUUACGGCACGAUUAUAAGCUUCACCAUGUUCUUCCAGGAGCAGGAAGAAUUCUGA